AUCGAUGGCUCAGCUGGGAAUAGCUUCGGAGUAGUUCGGUUACUACCUCUAGUGCUGUAGAGUGUGCGUUAUCGGUUGAUCAUCGCUUUUUUCGGAGCUAGUGAUUACAGAAAAUUUCUAUCGAGGGGCUCUAAUAAGUGGGUUAUCGAUAGCACUUUCACCGUUAAGAGUCAAAAAUUUUCGUUUAAACGUCAGUUGUGCGGCCUCGUUUGUCGCUAAAGGCAACGGCUUAGAUACCUUGUAGUAACUACACAGCAAAACAAAGAUGGCUGCGAUAUUGGAGUGAAGGUCGUGUGUAAACAAUUGUGUGUGAUAGUAGCGUUCUGUAUAAGUAAUUUGUGUUAUCAAAAAAACCGGGCCAGCUUCCCACCGAAGAAAAGUUCGACAGUUCGCGUCGAGAGUAAACUGGCUCGGGAGGUUCUUAUCAAGUGGCGACGACGACGACGCGAUUUGUCCAGGUAUUCGAUGAUGAUGAAUGGGUCGCCGGCCGGGGUUUAGUGGCUCCUAAAUAUGUGUUGUUGACGCGCGUUAUAUUGUUUCGUCUGAGUCCGUUAUGAAUCGCACAGUUGAUAUUUCCCAGUGAGAGGGAACGAUAGAAAAAAAAACAGUAGAAUCUCAAGUGUGCAAUUGUCGCGUUUUAACUAGGCGUAAUUGUCGGAUCAGUUUCAGUCGUCUGGUGGCCAGUAGGGCGAACACAGAAUCGGGAAAACAAUCCUCUAAUUAACCAGUCCGAGGACCGCAGUUCGGGACUCUAAACACCCAAAUAGAGUUGUGAAGUUUUUUGGGGAUAAUCGAUAUCGUUGUGCGGUACGCGGUUGAAGAACCAGAUCGUUCGCGCGGUUCGAUUGAAGUUUGCUGAUCGACCCCAGCUAUGGUGAUACUAGUUCGGUGCUGCUGUUAGAUAAUUUGUGCUGGAAUAAUCAUACUGGAAUAAGUGCACGAUGUCGAUAAUGAAAGAAGAAAACGCCAACAAUGGCGACCAGGCGAAGGACGUUGAAGGAGAACCAAAGAAAAUUAAAUACCCACGAGCGAUCCCCUUCAUCAUCAGUAAUGAAUUUUGCGAACGGUUCACAUACUAUGGCAUGCGAACAAUCCUGGUCAUUUACCUGACCCAGAAGCUGGACUAUGACGACGACACGGCCACGGUUAUGUACCAUUCUUUCACGACCCUGGUUUAUUUUAUGUGUGUACUGGGAGCUAUCAUAUCCGACAGUUGGUUGGGCAAGUUCCGAACCAUCCUGUACCUGUCGAUGGUGUAUGUCGUGGGCACGUCACUGAUCGCCAUCGGAGCCAUCCCAACGCUGGAUGUCAACGCCUCGGCCAUGACUAUCAUAGGGUUGCUGUUGAUCGCCAUUGGUUCCGGUGGUAUCAAACCCUGUGUGGCUGCGUUUGGAGGAGAACAGUUCAAGAUACCGGAACAGGCCAAACAGUUGGCCAUCUUCUUUUCGAUGUUCUACUUCUCGGUUAACUCGGGUUCGUUUGUGUCGACCAUGUUGACACCGAUUCUGCGAGAUGAUGUCAAGUGCUAUGAUCAAGACGACUGCUUCUCGUUGGCUUUUGGAGUACCCGGUGUUCUGAUGGUGGUUUCGAUUAUCAUCUUCAUCCUGGGAAGACCGCUGUACAAGAUCACCGCACCGGCUGGCAAUAUGUUUGUGAAAGUCUCCAAGUGUAUUUGGACCGCCAUUCGAACUCGCUCCAAGGAAAAGGCUGUCAGCCCUCGGGAUCACUGGUUGGACUAUUCGGAACCUCGCUGGGGCCAACAGUUGGUUGAUGAGACCAAGAUCCUGUUGAAUGUAUUGCGUCUGUACAUUCCUCUGCCAGUAUUCUGGGCUCUUUUCGAUCAACAAGGUUCCCGUUGGACCUUCCAGGCUACCCGUAUGGAUGGUGAUCUCGGUUUCUGGACCAUCAAGCCGGAUCAAAUGCAGGUCAUCAACCCAUUGCUUAUCCUGGUGUUCAUUCCUCUCUACGAAAUUGCCUUCUACCCAUUGCUGUCUCUGAUCGGUAUUCGAAGGCCGCUACAGAAACUUACACUCGGAGGAAUCUUCGCUGGGUUGGCCUUCAUCAUUUCUUUCAUUGUUGAAAUUCAGCUUGAAGAAACUUACGCCGUUAUUCCCAAGGCCGGCGAGAGUCAGCUGCGUAUCUUCAACGGCCUCAAUUGUAACUACACUGUUACUACCAACAUUCCCGAUCACACAACUAUCGUCCUCGAAGGAAUGAAAAUGUUCGAGGAAAAGUACAUCGGAGUUCAGGGCAAGAAGUCGUUCACCUACUCCUUCGCCACCAGCCAAGCAGGUUGUGCCGUUCCACCGGCUGGUGAGUUCGAGCUGGCAGAAGAACAGCAAGUUUCGUACUUCCUCAACGACCGAAACCAACCAGCGAACCUGCACCGGUUUCUGGACGACACACAAAAAUCCUCAAAGGGUUUGCCGGUUUUCCGAGUGCUCGGAAACACCAGACAAAACCUGACCUACAGCUUCUACGACAUCGAUAAUGAACAAGUUCGGCACGAAAACGGAACCCUAACGGAGGAACGCGUCGAUUCGUACCCCUCGAAGUACAAAAUAAGCGUCGACGGGAAGGAAAUUCUCGAAUACAAUCUUCUGCUGGGAGGCGUUUACACGUUCAUUGUUGCCGGCUCUUCCCCUGACAUUACCGUAACCCCGAUCAUCGUAACGGAACCGAACUCGGUAAGCAUGCUCUGGUUGAUCCCGCAAUACGUGGUUAUGACCCUCGGAGAGGUCAUGUAUUCGAUCACCGGUCUCGAGUUCUCCUUCACCCAGGCACCGGAAAGUAUGAAAUCGGUGCUGCAAGGCUGCUGGCAGCUGACGGUGGGUGUUGGUAACCUCAUUGUGGUCAUCAUUGCCGAGGCCAAGAUCUUCGAUGCCCAGAAGUGGGAGUUCCUGCUGUUUGCCUGUCUGAUGUUCGUCGAUAUGGGACUGUUUGCGGUGCUGGCUUACAAGUACAAAGCCAUUCCGCUGAAGAAGUACGACACGGCCGAAACCACGGAGGACAACGACGCGACGCUACCCAUAGAGGACAAGAAGGAAGCUGGCCUGGACAAUCCGGCGUUCACCGAGAAACAGUGAACACUCUGCUACUAUUGACAAGUGAUUCGUGACUGUUGUACAGUCGCCCCAUUUAUUUUGUUUUGUAAGAAUAGCUAGGUCCAAUAUGAAAGUAUUAAAGAUCAUUUAAUAACAUUUU